GUCAUCUAUUAAUAAAAAAUAUUGGUAAUUUUAGUUCAAGAGUUGAAAUUCUUAUAUAAUUAGAAAUGCGCCAUUUGAUGGACUUUUAUUGAUCCAUCAGGUGAUUCCUCUUUUAUAUUUUGAAUUUACUAUCUACAAAGCUUUAGUUUGUUUGUUUGUUUGUUUGUUUGUUUUGGUUUAAGGUGUUUUGUAUCACUUUCCUUGUUUGACUAGUUUUCUUGUUCUGGACUUUGACAUCUCGUUUCUUUUUUGGCAUAAAUUGAAACAAUAGGAGUAUAUAAUAACUUUGCAAAAAAAAACGAAAAGCCAAAAAUAUGUGGGCUAAAAAAGGCUGAUACUAUUAACAUUAACAAUAAUACUGUAUGAUUUAUACGAUAUCAUCAAAGCAAAAUUUUAAAUGUGAUCAACUAGUAAAUUAUGAGACCAACAAGCAUGAGAAAUUUAUAAACAAACAAAUAUUUAAAAGUUAUAUUUUUAAUUUCAAAUAAAAUAUAAUACACUGAUUUUGUAAUUACAAUUAUUGCAUAUUAAAAUAAUUUAAUAGUAGUACUAGUUUAUAAGUCGAGUUGUCAAUUAUUGCAUAUUAAAAUAAUUACAAUUAUAGUGCCAAGCACCGACUAUUGAGCACCUAAUAAACCAUUUAUUAAUUUUUCAAAUAUAUAUUGACAAAUGGUAAAACACAUAAAAUGAGAGAAAUUAAAUAUUUGACUUCGUGUAUAUAACAUGGAUUAAUUUAGUAAAUGAAACCGUGAAAUAUGAUUCGGGCUAAAGUAUCGGGCGUAGUCGAAUGGACAAUAUGUAUGGUGAGGAGAGGAUCAAGCAAUGCCUCACCCUCACACAUUCAUGCCUUUCCUCUUUAUUUCUUCAAAUACAUGCUAUUUUCCCCCAAUAUUCACACUCAAUUACAUAAAUACAAUCUUACAUUCUUCAUUUAUCUUUGUCUGAAAAAGUAAGAACUCAACCAGAAAAAAAAAAUGUCGUGGCAAUCAUAUGUAGAUGAUCACUUGAUGUGUGAUAUUGAGGGACAAGAGGGCCUCAAACUCGCCUCUGCCGCCAUCAUGGGACACGAUGGCGCCGUCUGGGCUCAGAGCGCCAACUUCCCUCAGCUAAAGCCUGACGAGAUCAAUGGCAUAACGAAGGAUUUUGACGAGCCAGGAUCCCUUGCCCCAACCGGCCUGUUCGUAGCUGGCCAGAAGUACAUGGUCAUCCAAGGAGAGCCCGGAGCCGUUAUUCGUGGAAAGAAGGGGUCGGGUGGGAUUACGAUCAAGAAGACGGGACAAGCAAUGGUUGUUGGGGUGUACGAGGAGCCAGUGACACCAGGGCAAUGCAACAUGAUUGUUGAAAAGCUGGCUGAUUAUCUCAUUGAUCAAGGCCUCUAAGCUCCCAUUCAUUAAUUACUCAUUAUUUCUCAAUCUCCAAUUUGUUAUUAAUAUCAAUUUUAUUAGAUUAAGUGAGUUAUUAUUAAUCAUGAUUCCCGACCCAUGCAAGAAUAAAUGAGCACUAUUGGUUUAUAGUUGUUCAGAGAUAAUGAGCUCAUAUAUGUAUUUGCUAGCACUUUUUAGAUUAGAUGAGUGUGUUUUUUUCUUUUAUUUAUUUUUAUUUAAAUUUAAGUUAUAUAUACCGGAUGUUGCCACUAUCUUGAUCAAGCUAUAUCAAAUAAUUGAUUCUGUUUCUUCUGUUGAA